AUGGUCAAUUGGGGAAUUAUUUCUACCGGCGACAACGCCACAAAAUUCGCCAAAGACCUCCUCAUCGACCCAUCCACCCGAGGCGUCUACAACGUCACCCAUACCUUCACAGCCGUCGCAUCCUCUUCCUCCAUUGAGAAAGCCCGUACGUUUCUAUCCGCAGUGAACGCACCAUCCACUACAACUUCCUACGGAUUCUACGAUGCUCUCUUCGCCGACCCAUCCGUCGAAAUUGUAUACAUAACCACCCCGCACUCGCUACAUUACCAGAAUGCUCGCGCGGCGCUGAUAGCAGGGAAGCAUGUCCUACUUGAGAAAGCCUUCACGGUGAACGCCGCUCAGGCAAAGGCUCUUGUGGACCUUGCGAGAGAGAAGGGGCUGUUCCUGAUGGAGGCGAUGUGGACGCGCUUUUUCCCGCUCGUGCAGUACGUCAGACAGCUCGUCCGAGAUGGGAGAAUUGGGCCUGUGCAAAGGAUAGUGGCGGAGAGGAAUUUGGGAAGGGAUGUUGAGAGGCUUUAUGGGACUGAGCAUCGUUUGGUAAAUCCUGCGCUUGCGGGGGGUGCUUUGUUGGAUUUGGCCAUUUAUCCUCUUAUGUGGAUCUUUCAGAUUUUGUAUCAUGAUGUGUUGUCUGAUGAUGGCAUAAGGGCGCCACCGCUGCUAUCGAGCUCUGUGGUGAAAUAUGCGGCAACAGGAGUCGACGAGACAUCUACUGUGAUCCUUACAUUUCCUGGGACCCAGACACAGGGCGUAGCAACCGCUAGCUUAAGGGUUGCGUCUGACCCGACCGAUCCAGGAGUUCGCAUCCUCGGUGAAAGGGGCCAAAUUCAGAUAUUUGGGCCAGCUACGCGGCCGUUGGGCAUUGCCGUUGUUCAGUAUGAGGACGGCGGCAGCCGGUUGAUCGAGAAGAAGGAUUUCGAAAUUCCGGCCGGUCAUGGAUUAUUCUGGGAGGCGGAUGCUUGUGCUAGGGCUUUGGCUGAGGGGAGGGUCGAGUCUGAAGUAAUGCCAUUGGAUGAGACGGUCCUGAUCAUGCAGGUUUUGGAUCAGGUAAGAGAGCAACAUGGGCUGAGGUAUCCUGAUAAUAUUGAGACUUGUUAG